CUUAUCAGCAGUUCAAAAGGUGUUCAUGUGUAGUCUAACAGCCAGUAGCCUCUCUUCUCCUCUCCCAAUGAUGCCCGAGGAAAAGAAAAAGUUCAAAAAGAAAGGGGGACAGGCGAAGGACAGAGAGUCCAACCCGCAGCGACCGCAAGAGACAGAGCUGGUCUCGCCGCAGCGUGUGCUAGCAGAAGAGUUCACAGAGAUCAAGGCAGAGACUGAUUCCAGUGAUGUAGUGAAGCUGUAUCUAACUGAUAGUGAACUGGUGGUGGCAAAGAAUGAAGGCGGGCAGCUCAGACAUGUUAGGACUCACUCGCUUAGAAAAGACAGCCUGACUAAGGAAGAGAGAGAAGGAAAGCUAACGCUGACUGUACAAGAAGGCGACAAUGUCCUUUUUAAUUAUAAGAUGAACAAGGAUGACAAUCAUGAAGAAUGGCUACAGAGAAUAUCAUCUCUAUCACAAGUAGACACAGUUUCUUCCCUUCCCGUUAGACUGCCUAUCCUUAUUCCUGACAAACCUACUCCUCCUACUGUUAGAAUUCAAAGACCCUCCAGAGAAUGGCAUGGAGAAACUUUCUCUUCUAAAGAAACCGCCCAGUUCAUGCCAUCAAAGAACCGAAUCAAAUCCUCACCACUCAGAAGGAGAGAGGCAUUCCGUCCGAGAGACAUAAAGAGGUUUUCUUUUCAUCGUUCGUCAAGCGCCCCACCCGAAGAUGAAGACCAAAAUGAAGAAAUAGUUCCAUUUUCUCCGUCUCAUCUAAAGGAAAACGAUAAAGUUGUCAAGUCGUCUCCGUCCUCUCGAAAUUCUUCACUUAAAAAAACAAAACUGAUGAGUUUCUCGCCCAAAGCUCACAAAUUUACGCGUGCUCUAUCAGCAAAGCUCAUGAAUGCCAACACUUCACUGUCAGCCCAUACUUCACCUAAACCAAACAAGAAAGAUGUUUUUAAAAGAGGACAUUCAUUCCAUAGCGAAGUCUCUACUGCUAGUCUGCCUCGCUCUCUACCAAAUAAAUAUGUCAGAAAGAGUCAAACUGUGUAUGUAUCACAGCCUAAGUCCCCAGGGUCCAGCAAUCUCUUUAAAGUCUUUCAAAGGAAGAGGAUUCAUUCAGUGACCAGUGGAUUGGAGCAGGUGGACAGUGGAGAGAGGAGCAAAACUGAUCUCUUUAGUCGGCCAAAUUGUUCAAAACUAUAUCUUCAAGAUCCACAGAUAUUGGCCGAAGAAUUAUCACUUAUAGAUUCUGAGAUGUUUCGCAAAAUCUCAAUAUCUGAACUGAUAGACAAUGCUUGGAUGAAUAAGAAAUCAAAGCAAUCUACCUCGCCCAAUGUACUGGCAAUGAUACAAGCAUUCAAUCGGAUUGCUUGUAUUGUCUGUACUGAAGUUGUUCAUGAAAGAUGUCUACAGACCAGGGGGAAAGUGAUCAGCAAAUACAUCACUUUGGCCGGAAGAUGUUAUAAACUUCACAACUACAACUCAAUGAAAGCAAUACUGUCAGGGCUUCAGAGUCAAGCCGUGUUUAGAUUGAAGAGGUCUUGGAACCAUGUGCCGUCCAAAAAAAGAAAGAAGUAUCAGAGAUUGUCUGCCAUUAUUGACAGCGAUGAGGUUCAAAGAGAAAUGGAGAUUAAUCUCCAGAAUCGUGUCCAGUGCGUCCCUUACCUUGGCUGGCUGCUGACUAACAUUGUUCACUGGAAGGACUACAAGUCAUUGAGAAUGAGGUCCGAGUCUUUUUCUAAAGAAACAAAGAGGAAUAAAUGGAGUCACAGGGCAUCAGUGUGUUCUGUGUCAAUGCCUACUUCACCAGUAAAUGAUGAUGACUCCACUCUGCUUCAUUCUACUGAGGUUAUGUCAAGAAGUCUGUGCGAUAUGCUCCAAGUGAACUACAAGACGACCACAGUAACUCACCCUCUCUUGUUAUCAAUAUCUCCUCCAAGUCAAGAGUUCCUUCAAGUCAAGGGGGCCAUUACCAGUGCUUCUGAUAGCGAUAGCUCAAUAAAAGCUGACAGUGCCAUAGGACUGGAUAGCAGCAUGAGUCAAGCUAGUCCUGAGAGAAAGUCUGAAGUUAAGAAAAAACAAAGUGAGGAGGCAGUUGUGGCAGAAGAUGAAGAAGAAGAUCGUGAUAAUUAUUGUUUGCCUGUUCUUGAGCAGCAUUUUGAUGACAGCGAAACUGAAGAAGAUUGCUUGUCAUCUUUAUCCUCUUCAACUCUCUCUCUCACGUCUCCUUUCACCACUCUACCCUCCAGACCUCAGAAGAGAAGAGUAACACUACCUAUUCAUCCUCCCUCCUCUUCCCCCCCUCCUAGAGUUGAGGUCUGCCUUCAUUCCGAUACUUCUGGUACUCUAUUCAGUUCUUGUCCAGUUCAUCUACACUCACCACUGUAUGACUUUGAUGAAUCAACCAUCUGCAGGCUCUCUGCUGUAGCAAGGCAGCUCUUACUGGACAGCAAUGAGGAAUGCACUACUGACUCAGCCAGCAAAGAAGUAGUAAAUGAAAAAGAUGAAUCUACUGAUCACCCUCUUAGAGAUGCAAUGCUGACCCUUUUUGAGCAAUAUCAAGUGAACACUUUAAGCUAUUUGACUGAUUAUUCAAGCAAUGCUAAAGUGAGACACCUCAUAAUGGAGGCACCAUGGAUUGAUGAUGGUGUGUGUCAUGCUGUCUCGUUACAAGUUGAACCAUGAGAGAAUAAACAAAUUUCUUUUAUUAUGUAUAUCUUCUGCGUCCAUACUUGGUUAAAUAUAUGUUUUUAUAAAGUUUUUUUUAUUUAAAAUUUUAUCGUAUUAUUUUUGUAACAAAAAUUCCUCAACAA